AUGGGUUCCCGGCACUUCCCGGCCCGCACGGUGCUGUUUGAGAAGGAGUCCAACGGGGUCACCUACCGAGUGCCCGCCCUGCUCUACCUGCCCUGCGUGGCCAAGCUGCUGGCCUUCGCCGAGGAGCGCCUCAGCGCCGACGACGCCCACGCCAACCUGCUGGUGCUGCGCCGCGGCAGCCUCUACGGCUCCUACGUGGAGUGGGAAGCCAUGCGUGUGCUGCAGACAGCCGUGCUGCAGCACCACCGCUCCAUGAACCCCUGCCCGCUCUACGACGAGUUCACCGGCACCCUCUUCCUUUUCUUCAUCACGGUGCUGGGCAGGACACCUGAAGCCUACCAGAUCGUCACCGGCCAAAACGUCACCCGCCUCUGCUGUGUCACCAGCACCGACCAGGGCCUGAGCUGGAGCACGGCCACAGACCUGACACAGCAGGUCAUUGGUGGGACCAUCAAAGAGUGGGCAACCUUCGCUCUGGGCCCCGGGCACGGGAUCCAGCUGCGCUCGGGGCGGCUGCUGGUGCCUGCCUACAGCUACCACAUCGACUGCAAGGAGUGCUUCGGGCAGCUCUGCAAGACCACCCCCCACUCCUUCGCCUUCUACAGCGACGACCACGGCCGGGCCUGGCGCUUCGGGGAGUUCAUCCCCAACCUGCAGACGGGAGAGUGCCAGCUGGUCUCGGUGGACGAAGAGGAUGGGGCCAACGUCCUCUACUGCAACGCCCGCAGCCCCUUGGGCUUCAGGGUGCAGGCACUCAGCACGGACGACGGGGCGGUUUUCCACGGGGGGCAGCUGGUCCAGCGGCUGGUGGAACCCCCCCACGGCUGUCACGGCAGCGUGGUUGGGUUCCCUGCGCCUUUCGUGUACCUCCCCGCUGCCCCCCGAGACCCUGUGGUGUCCCUCCGGGGCUCGGCCCACCAGCUGCUCCCGGGGGUGCUGCCGAGGGGUCGCUCCCUGCCCACCCAGCAGGCAGGGGGUGAUGAGCUGCUGGCUGUGGCCACCAGCAGCCACAAGCCAGCCAAGCCCAAGGAGGCCUCUCUUAGCCCAGGGCAUCUCAGCCCUGCCAACGCUGCCACUUCGGUCCAAGGGGCCGCCACGAGCCCCCCAGACCCCGCUCCCUUCUUCCAAGCACCGACCUGGAUCCUCUACUCCCACCCCACCAGCUCCAUGUCCCGGGUCAACAUGGGGGUUCACCUCAGCACCUUCCCCAGGGAUGCGGAGAGCUGGACCGAGCCCUGGGUCAUCUACGAGGGCCCAAGUGCUUACUCAGACCUGGCUUACAUCCAGCUGCCCUACGACGAGGCCGCCAUCUCCGGGGGCCCAGCCGUGGCCUUCGCCUGCCUCUACGAGAACGGGACGCGCUCGCCCUACGAGCAGAUCUCCUUCAGCAUGUUCACGCUCUACGACGUUCUCCAGAACAUCCCCCUGACAGCCACGGCUCCCCGGGGGGCUGCUGGCCCCCUGUGCCACAGGAAGAAGGGACGAAGGGCUUGUCUCAUCUCCUAA